AUGUCUGCUUCAGAAUACUACGACACAUUGUUUCCCUUCUACCCAACAUACGGUACAAUUCCGGCAGGUACGGACGCGUUCGAGGACGACGACGCUCUCAAUUCCCAAGGGGAAACUAGUCUCUAUUUCCCACCAGCAUUCUCUGGCUUGGCUACCCCUCCAAUGGAACGGUUCAAUGCCGCAAUUCCUCUGUACGAUCCCGACUUUAUGAUGUUCGCCUUCCCAUUCGACCAGCCCGAGGAAUCCUUCGUUUCGCCUGUCAAUGCUUUUAUUCCCCGACCUUCAGUCUACGAUGCGACUGCCGCUUCUUAUCAAGAGGAUUUUACUCAGGACAUCGAUUUCACUGGUCCAAUGGUCGUCCAACGCGAAUUCACAGCUCCGAGUGCCACGACCAUGCUAGCAACUCCUCCCGUGACUCCGCAGCAGCGGCGAACUGGCAAGCCUCGCAGCAGUAAUCGAUUCGAACCGUAUGACCUUCGUGAUCGUUCUACUGGCAAGUGCUCCGAGGACCUUCGGCCGGCUCGGUCUACGUCCCCAUCUCCGAGUCCCCGCUCGACUACGCGUGCUCAGGAGGGUUCAGCGAAUGCUCCGGUUGUCCUCAAGAGCGAUACUGUAGCAGCUUCCGUUCCUUCCUCUACUCCGGCUUCGUCGUCAACUGCUCUGAAGUCAGGAUUUACCAUCAAAAAGAAGAUCUCUAGGGCUAAGCUCGGCAAGAAGCCUUUGCGGAAGGUGCCUAAGGCAAUCCCGUUUACAAUGACCCUUCGGGCACGGAAAAGGAGGAGGCAAAGAUACUCGGUGUAA